GUCCCAAAACAUACACAAUUAAAUAAAUUAUUAUGGCUUUAUUAGCUCUCAUUGCAGCUUCUUUACUCAUGGCGAUUUCAAUCGAAGCCCGCAUUCCCGGCGCUUACACCGCCGGACAGUGGAUGACUGCCCACGCCACCUUCUACGGCGGCAGCGACGCCUCCGGCACUAUGGGUGGAGCUUGUGGGUACGGGAAUCUGUACAGCCAGGGGUAUGGGGUGAACACAGCGGCCCUGAGCAUGGCCCUUUUCGAUAACGGGUUAAGCUGCGGCGCGUGCUUCGAGAUAAAGACAAGAGAGCCCGAACAUUCUUGGCAGCAGUACGAGGUUGGGAAGACCUCCAUCUUCAUAACUGCCACCAACCAUUGCCCACCAAACUAUGGUCUCUCCAGCGACGACGGGGGUUGGUGCAACCCACCCAGGCCACAUUUCGACCUCGCCAUGCCUAUGUUCCUCCAGCUCGCAUCAGAGAAAAAUGGAAUUGUUCCUGUUCAGUACCGCAGAGUGCCAUGUAGGAAAAAGGGAGGCAUUAGAUUUACCAUCAACGGCUUCAAGUACUUCAACCUCGUUCUCGUCACCAAUGUGGCCGGUGCAGGGAAUGUUGUCCAAGUUUUUGUAAAAGGUACCAACACACGAUGGAUUCAAAUGAGCAGAAACUGGGGGCAAAACUGGCAAACAAAUGCGGCUUUGGCCGGUCAGCAGCUCUCGUUCAGGGUUAGAGCCAGUGACGGCAGAACAUCCACCUCACGGAACAUUGCCCCCAAUGGUUGGCAGUAUGGACAAACAUUUAUGGGAAAGAAUUUCAGGGUUGCACCAUAUUAAACAAAACACUACUUCCAACUCCUAUUCUUACUAAAUCAAUUUUUAUCAUACAAAAUUACCUCUUUCUUUACUUUAGGUCCGGGCCUUGGUUGUUGGUCUCUCAGUCUUUCUUUAUUUGAUUGAUAAUGUAACUCACCUGUGACUGUGUGAUCUGUGGUUGGUUAGUGACGACUUUAAGACCUGCACAAGACCAAAAUGGGGUUUGUGUAGGGAUUAAGUUGCGGAGAAAAGAGAGAUAUUAAUUAAUUAUAUGGGUCGUCUUCUCCUUUUCUUUUUUUCUUUUGACUUGACUCUGUGGGUCGGGAAAAAAAUGCUGAGGCGGCCUGCACAAAACGUUGUAGCCCACAGUUUAUUAAAUUUGUAUCUUUUGUUAAUAAAUUAAAGCGUGCGCGUAUUAUUGCAUUUUUACCAUUAUAUAUAUAGAGAGAGAAGUGAUCAUAUGAGAAUGAUAAACAGUGAAAGAAAUGAG